AUGGCAACUACUACCACAGCAGCAAGCACAACAACUACUUCUUCUGCUUCUACAACAUCACCAACAAAUCAAAUUACCUAUGGUGUAACUGUACCAAUCUCAUUCUCUAAUCCGACACCAGCAGAUCUAAAGUUAAGUACAGAGCUCGAGGAUACACUCAAGAGUUUCAAUCUGUUCGAAACUCCAGAAGAGAGUGGCAAAAAAGAAGAGAUCUUAGGUAAACUUAAUCUAAUCGUUCGAAAAUGGGUCAUAGAUGUCAGUUUAAAAAGAGGAUUUACAGAACAAAUGUCACUAGAAGUUGUAGCAAAGAUCUUUACAUUUGGUUCGUAUAGACUUGGUGUUUCUGGACCCAGCAGUGAUAUCGAUACACUCUGUGUAGCACCCAAGCAUAUUAUGAGAUCUGACUUUUUCGAUUUCCUAGGUGAAGCUCUCAAAGUACAUCCAGAUAUCACAGAACUUAACAUGGUUAAAGAUGCAUAUGUGCCAGUUAUUACAAUGAUAUUCUCAGGCAUUGCAAUUGAUCUUAUCUUUGCAAGAUUGUCAUUGUCUUCGAUUUCCGAAGACAUGAAUGAUUUAAUUGAUGAUGCAUAUCUAAAGAAUCUCGAUGAUCAAUCCAUCACCAGUUUGAAUGGUUGUCGUGUCACUGAUAAAAUUUUAACUUUAGUACCGAGUAGAGCGACUUUUAGAAUGGCAUUGCGUUUUAUAAAGCUAUGGGCACAAAGAAGAGGAAUAUAUUCAAAUGUACUUGGAUUCUUAGGAGGUGUAUCAUGGGCGUUACUCACCGCUAGAAUAUGCCAACUCUAUCCAAAUGCAGCACCCAGCACAAUUAUCAAUCGUUUCUUUAAGAUCUAUGAAACUUGGAGAUGGGGUGUACCAGGUCCAACACCUGUAUUGUUGUGUCCUAUUCAAGAUGGUGGUAUCUUUGCUGCCAAAGUUUGGAAUCAAAAGAGAGAUAAAAGUCAUUUAAUGCCAAUUCUUACACCAGCAUAUCCAUCGAUGAAUUCAACAUACAAUGUAUCAAAGUCUACUCUCAGUUUAUUAAAGGAUGAAUUUGCAAGAGGAAAUCAAAUCGCUCAAAAGUUAGAGUCUGGUGAAGCAAAUUGGAACAAACUUUUGGAGAAAUCAGAUUUUUUCUCUAGAUACCAAUUCUAUUUACAAAUUGACUGCUCAGCUCAAAACGAAGAAGAACAUAGAAAAUGGGAAGGUUGGAUUGAAUCUAAAUUGAGAAAGUUGAUUUCAUUCUUGGAACAAACACCAAAGAUGAAAUUUGCUAUUCCAUUCCCAAAGAGUUUUGAGAACAAACCUACUCCAGCAGCUACUACAACCGCAGCCAAUGGCGAAGCUGUGACCGAUGCGAACAACUCCAAUGUUUGUACUAGUUUCUUCAUGGGAUUGGGAUUCAACUUUUCGAAUGCUCCUGGUGCCGACAAGUCGGUCGAUAUCACCAAGGCUGUCAUUGACUUUACUCAUCUCAUCAAGGACUGGGCAGGCAAAGGUCCGACCAUGGAAAUGAAGGUGCACUACAUCAAGCGUAGACAACUGCCUGCUUUUGUCAAGGCGGAAGCACCACCCGAAGAGAAACCCAAGGCAAAGAAGAGAGGAUCUGCCAACUCUGCUGACGUAGCCAAGAAAAAGAACAGAACCGACCAACAACAACAUAUCAACUCACCAACUGGCUCCUCAACUACAACCACUCCACUUCUAAACGCCGACUCCAAAACAAGCGCAAUAAAUAAAUCUUCAGAUUCAAUUUCCUCGCCGCCAAUCGUUGUCGCGACAUCAUCCACAACACCAAAAACAGCUACACCAAUUUCCUCACCAAAAGCAUUAUCUCCAAGCCAACAGCAUCAACAACCAGUAGUCAACAUUACAAAUAACAAUGGUUCACCCGUGGCAGCUACAUCAUCAACAACUUCCACUUCAACUACAAUUAUAACUCCAGUACCAUCAACAACAGGCAUGGAUACAACAACAACUACCGCAAUUACUUCCAACCACCAAACAAACGAAUCUCCAACUGACACCACCAACAAUACAAAUACGGAAUCUACAACUACUUUAUCUCCAACACCAGAUACUGACAAUGUAAAUAACAAUCUAGUUCCAGUUUUAAGUAGUACUACCAACAAUAAUAAUAAUAACAACAAUAAUAACAAUAUAAUCAAUGAAGUUGAUGAAUUAGAUUUCAUUAGUUCAUCAUCCUCAAACAACAACAACAACAGCAACACCGAUAAGAAACCAGCAAUCAAAAAGAUUGAUUUGAUUCGUGGCUAA